AUGCGGCAGCUCAUUCAGGCCGCCCAGAAGAUGCACGCUGCCGGCGUCAUCCACCGCGACAUCAAGCCGGAGAACGUCCUCGUCAGCCAAAGCGGGGCCCUCAAGGUAUGCGACUUCGGGUUGGCAACUAAGCUGAGGCCGGCGGGUACACCAUACGACGAAGGGCGCGUCGGCACCAUGAUCUACAACUCGCCCGAGCAGCUCGCGGGCAAGCGAUCCUACGGCACUGCGGUUGACAUGUGGGCGCUCGGAUGCGUCAUGGCGGAGCUCCUGACUGGCCACCGCCUCUUCUGCGAGAACACGAUCGAGGGCAUUAUGGCGAAGGUGCACUUCCUGCGAGAUCUGCUCAGGGACCGUGGUCUACAGGCGUUUGAUGUCUUGCGCCUCCGGCAGUUUUCACCGGCGGGGCGCGAGGUCCUGGCUGGGCUGCUGGCGUUUGACCCCGAGGACCGGCUCACUGCAGAGGCUGCCUUGCAGCACCGUUGGUUCAAGGAGGGCCUUGACCUAACUUUAUCCCUCUAG